AUGGCUACGGCUGCAAUGGCAGGAAGCGAGAACACGCCGAACAACGAUAUGCACGCGUCAGUCAAUGACUUGUCCGAUCCAUUCGUGGACGAAUUUCAGCCGCGAGUCUCAUCGCAUGCCCACCGCUACUCCAGCCUGGUGGACCCUGACUCGAUUACGCUGGGAACGAGCGCAUCGCCUUCUCAGGUCAAAAGAAGUAUCAUUGCUCAUCUCGCGGAGACGGAGCGACGUCUCCAAGACGCACAGAAACUAGGACAGUCGCUCUUACUGCAACAAUCGCAGCUCACGGAGAAGUUGCACGAAGUUGAGGCACAGCAAGGGGAUGCCGAAAUCUCGCCUGAGUUGCGCCAAAGACUGGCUGACUUGGAGAAGGAACAUAAUGACGUUGGCAAAGAAAUAGCGAGGGCCUUAUUAGGCCCCAAAUCCAGGGCAGUCAGUGGUGAAGAAAAGCCCGCGUCUGAGCAGUCCACCUUUUCAAGCCAGGCUACGGCGUCUCCAACCAAGGUGACGGCCCCGAGCCGGCGGCAAAGGAAUCAACCUAGUAACCGUGCGGGAGACCUACAAUUUGCUGCCGACAUCAGUACGUCGCUGUUGGCCCAGGUGCGACAAUUACAAAGCGCCGUGGCCGAACGGGAUGAACUACUCAAACAGGUCAGUGCUGAGAGGGAUCAGCUAGAACAGGACAAAUCGGUCUUUGCUCAGCGUUUACGAGUCCUGGACGAAAGCGAACAGAAAUACAAGGAUGAGAACUGGAACCUUGAGACACAGACGCACGAGCUUCUUGCCGCUGCUCGCGAGGCGGCAGAUCGUGAGAAAAGGCUGACAGCCAGUCUUUCGGCUGCAGUGGCCGAGAAAAGUCGUCUACAAAGCGAAAUGGACGAAAUCAGGCUGGCUCAUGACAAAUUAGCCGACGAACACGCCUCAACAAGAAAGGCCCACGAUUCGGAAUUGCAUACUCUCAAGCGCACCAUAGAGUUAGGUGAUAGUGAGAGAGCAGCACUUCAGGGUAAGAUUGACGAGUUGACGGCACAAAACCAUGAGCUGGCUCGCGCUGUUGCGGCGCGGCUGCGAGGCCCUAACUCCGACGCGGAGAUCUCUGCGAACCAGGAGCCCGAGGAAGAAUUCCGCAAUUAUGAUGACCUGGAGAACUCGCCUCCUGCGUCUCCUACUAAAGCAACGCCCAGGCAUGGAGGGCUGGAGUCGGAAACACUGAGGAGCUCGUUGCAUCAUGCUCAUCGCAUGAUCCAAAACCUCAAAAACAACAUCCACCGCGAGAAGACGGAAAAGAUCGAGUUGAAGCGAAUGCUGCAAGAGGCAAGAGAUGAACUUGAGCAACGACGUGGGGAUGGCUCGCUCGGAAGUGGUACCAAGCGCCAAAAAACAAAGUCGGACAUUAUUAAGAAGCCGCCUCGACUUGAUAUGCUUGGAGGUAGUCGGCGGAUGCAGAUGGACAUCGAACUCGAGGAUGAUGAUUGGGAAGACCAUUUUGCGGACACUCCAACUCACAAUAAGCAUUUGACAAUACCGACAGCUGCCGAAGGCCGCAGCGCCGAUGUAAGUGAUGCGUACCAGACGGCCAACGAGACCGAGGGCGCGUUUGAGACCGCGGAUGAGCGACAUGCCACAGAAAGUGAAGAUUUCCAAACAGGAGCCGAGAGUCUGGCAGGCGAUAGCACGGACGAUUUGACCGAAACAGAGGAGACUGCUUCUCAUGGGCGGCGCCUUGGUCCUAUUCGAGCUCUUAGACCGUCUCUCGCGUUCAAGCCGGCCGGUGAUAGGCAGUCGUUCAUCAGCACCGCCUCUACGUCCGCCGGAGAGGACGAAGACGAGCUGAAGACUCCAAUUGUGGCCCAGUCACACAAAUUCCGUAUCAGGAAUGGGCGAGAUUCCUUUGCCCGACAAUCAAGAGUGCCCACCGAUAGCACACCUAUCAACCUGAUGUCUGAUGCCAUAUCUCAGGAUUCGCCAGCGACGGUCACAAGUGAGCGCAGCACGCCAGCCGCCGAACAGAGCCUCUUUGCCGAGCUUGGUGGUAUGGACGAUGCUUCUAGUUUCGGCACUCCAGGCAGGACCAGCAUAGCUUCGGUGUCAUCUACUCCUGGCUUCCCAGGGUAUACACCUAGUCAGCGGACUGUAUCGCAGGCAACACCAUUGAGUGCCCCGAAGACUUCAAUGGUGGAUUCAGGAACGAUGACUGAACCGUGGAAACCAGAAAGUGAUCGCCCUGCCCGCGUUCUCAUUGAUGCUGGCACGGUUAUGGAGCCGCCUUCUCCGGAUCACGACGACCUGCGGACACCGCUACCAUCCGAUUUCCCUCUACCUCCUACGGUUCCAGUUUCACCAAUCAAACAGAUCGACAACGGUACCCAGUAUACUCCUCAAAGACUUCAAUUGCAAGACAGUCCUAUGCGUAACACGGCUUUCAUUACACCCCCCAAGACGGUAUGGGACGAAGCCCAGAGUCCUGGAGUAUUGCCCUCAGAAACGGGGUCCACUCCCCAUCCUCAAACGCCUGGCCAACUCAAUUAUUCUGGUUUAUUGAUGCACGACACCGCACCAAAGUCUCCUGAGAAUGUUAUAACCCUGCCGCCACACGUGUCUCUACGUGAGCCCGAAAGCUUGACGUUUUCUAUCAUCCAGACUCAGUCAACCGAACCCAUUGAGGCUGAACCAGCAAAUAAAUCGACCGGUGUUGCGGCCUCAACACAGGUCGAGGAUCUCCCGAGCCGUCCCACUACGGCGGAAAAAGUCAGCACCACUGGUCUGCUUGCAUCAGCUGCAGCCGCCAUGGGAUUCGCCAAAUCAAAUGAGGGCUCCAACCCUGUCAUUGCCGAGGAUGAGACAAGUGAGCCGGUAGAUGCUGCUAACGGUUCGCAACGCGAAAAACAUCAGCCUUUGAGGGAUACAUCUGGGAAUAGGAUGCCCACGAAAACUGCGUUCCCGGCUAAAUCCAGCAAUCCGAACCAGGAGGACAGGCUGCCCUUGGCCUCAAGCAAUGAUCAAAGUUCACAAACCCUAUUAACCUCAGAACAGAUCGAGGAGGCUCUUCGCGCUAAGAGCGCUGUUCCGGUAGCAUUCCCGGAGGUUAAGGGGACACCCGAUAUCACUGCACGUCCCCUGACUCCCUUGGCGCCGGCGGAAGCAAGUCAAGGCAGCAAACUGUCUGAGACUCAAGCUGAACCCUUGCAGCCAAUGACAUCCAAUCCGUCCCCUAUCAAGCGGCCGUCAAAUGCGUAUAAUCAAUGGACUGCCGCCAGUAUGGCACCGCAUCCACCUCUCCCGCCCGAUCACAAAGCAGCGAUCGCCAAGGCUGGAGGCCGAGUGGCGUCGCCUACACGCGGAGAAUCCGCCUCUAACCAGGGGCCGACAAUCAUGGGACCACCUGCACUACCUGCGUCAGCAAUGAGACGUCCAAAAACACCGGCCGACUCUAUUCGCUCCCCAACUCGCGAGAGCGACGCACCACGCACGUCCAACGUCAGUCGAGGGCACCGUGGGACCAUCACGUCUCAACUGUCUCAUCGAUCAUCUGUGUCUUCGUUUGCCUCUGAGAUAGAUGAGCGUUUCAACAUGCAACCCAACGCUCACGCCGGACCUCAUGGAUUCGGUACAGACCCAAGGAUCAUCCAGGCUAUAACCCAGACCAUGAUCGGCGAGUUCUUGUGGAAGUACACACGCAAAGCUGGUCGAGCUGAAAUGUCGGAGACGCGCCACCUGCGGUAUUUCUGGGUGCACCCAUAUACCAAAACUUUAUACUGGUCCGAUAAAGACCCACAGACGGCAGGUCGGAAUGAAUUGAAGGCCAAGAGUGUCCUGAUCCAGAGUGUCCAAGUCGUCCCUGAUGAUAAUCCCAUGCCACCGGGUCUACAUCGAAAAAGUCUCGAGGUCAUCACUCCAGGUCGUCGAGUGCGGUUUACGGCAACCACUGGCCAAAGACACGAGACGUGGUUCAACGCUCUCAACUACCUGCUACUCCGCGGCGACGACGUGAACUCUGGAACAUACACCACUGGCGGAGACCACGUUACAGGAGAGGAUGUGGACGAAUUCAAUGUCAAUGCCGGAGGAUAUGGUGCCACGCUAGCCCCGACCGGCAGCCGGAUGAGUUUGUCAAGUUAUAAUUCCCGAACCACCCGUGGAACCAGCUCUAAUCGAGCUUCCGCAGCUCAACGGCAACCGGCAGCCGCCACGGCGGGCAUUGCUAACACGAGCGCCACCCGAGUGGUUCCUCAAGAUUCGACCGCAUCUCGUACUGCCCCCAAUUCAACAGUCAGGAGAAGCCGGGCCGAGCAUUCCCGCCAAGGUUCCGACCAAGAGCGCACAGUCCGAGCGAGUAGUGUCAGUCGGUUCUCGCGCAUGAUCGGCUCUGUUACAGGCAGAGGUCGCCGAAUGAGUGAGACGGCCAAUACUCAUAGUCACUCGAUGACCGGUGGCCGUAGCGAAGGUGGCAGUAUUUACGAUGCCAGUGUCGUCAGCGACGGACGUGUUGAUUCGGCAGAAGAGCUUCGGCGGGAGAUGCUGAGACAAGAAGAAAUCGGAUUUGGCGGCCUCGAGAAUGUGCGAGCUUGUUGUGACGGCAAACAUGACGUCUCCACGCUGAGCCAUAGUCAUCGAAAUGCCACAGGGCACGGACAUACGCAUCGAGCGCUUAGUAUGAGCAUGAGCUUGCGCGGCACGGCCAGAAGGGGCGGUGGCGGUGGUGGUUUCACUUCGGCCGCAACCACGCCUGCAAGGGCCAAUGCAGCAGCAGGUUCUGUUGGCCCUGGCGCGACGCCUACCAGGACAGGUGGUGCGACUGCGGCCACAGCCACGUAA